GACCGCGUACGUGUUUAGGCGUAUAUUCGUGCCGCGUUUUUCUACAUUCGCUCGCAUAACACACGUUAAUUCAUUAGUUUUCGAACCGAGAAAACCAAGUGAAAUACUGUUAAAACAAAUUGUGAGUGAAUACAUUUAUCAUAUCAAGGAAGGAGGCAUCUUUUUAUUAUUGGGAACGUUCAGUAGUAGCAGUAAAGAGAACAGUAAUAUCGGUAAUGCCACAGCUUCUAAUAAAGGAGAGAAAGAUGGUUCAGCUGCUGCAAUGAAUAGGGAAAACGUUUCCACAAAGAUCGCGGCUGGCAUGGACCGAUGGCAGAAUACAUUUGAAGAAAUGAUACAUCUACGUUCAUCUAACAACCAAGCCUUUAAAGACAACUAUUGGGCACAAAAUGGCUUCGAUGAACUUCGUCGUUACGUCAAACAAGGUAGUGAUUUUAGCAAAGAAUUAGCAGCAAUCCUGCAGGAAAGGGUUGAAGCAGAAAAUUACUACUCGAAAUGUCUUGCGAAACUUGGCACAAAGUUAACUAAAGCGUGCAAAGAAAGUGUCGGUUCUUGUGCAGAAGCCUGGAAACAUGUCGCUAUUGAAAUGGAAAAGAGAUCGGAAAUUCAUAGAAACUACUCAAGCGCUAUGUCAGAAGAGCUGGUUAAACCAAUGAAACAUUUUAUUGAGAGUCAAUUAAAAUUAAGAAAGAAGAUCGAAGGGAACGUAGACAAAACAACUCGGACCCUAACUGACUGGAGAACAGCAGAAGCGAAAUCGAAGCGACAGUCACAUGCCGCGGCGAGAGAGAACGAGAAACUACAAGACGCCACGUUGGACAUUAGCCGUAUGUCACGUAGCUCAAGCGUUGGCCACAUUCCACACUCCAUCUUAAGUGCGGCACGAGCGGAACGCUUGACUAAUAACACUAGCGAGCGAGACGCCGCUAAACUUCAAGUUAAGAAGAGGAAGACUGAAGACGCCGUUAAAAAGACUGAAGUCGACUACUAUAAUGUGUGCGUUCAAGCUGAACGAGCGAGGCUAGAAUGGGAGACCAGUGUUGUGAAAGGCGCCGGAAUGCUGGAGUCUCUUGAGGAAGAGAGACUCGCGCAACUAAAGAUAUCCGCUGACUGUUACUUAAGGUUAACAGCGGCAGUACCAUCUCAGCUAGCGGAGGCGACGAAUGCCUUAGUUGGUCCAAUAAAGAAUGCCAACGCAAACGUGGAUAUGCGCGUUGUGCGUGGCGUGAGAUCGUCACCGGCUGGCGCUAGCGAACAGCUCUUACCAGACUUUUACUGCGAACACACAACUCUCGCGAUGAACAGGGAACGUCGUAAACAAGCUCUGUUGAAGAUUCUACAAUUAGUAAAGCAAGAUAUAGACAGGGAACGUAAAUCAAAGCAAGGCUUGGAGAAGUUGUCGAUGGCUAUAAAACAAACACCCACAUUCGGAGGUGACGAUUCACAACAGAACGUUGCCGAUAAAUUGUUCCACAUGCGAUCAAUGUUAACAUAUUUAGAAGCAGUUCGAUAUAAAAUAUCAGCAAGCCUAAGCGAGCUAGACAGUCGCUCUCCUGUUCAACAUCCCCUCGCUACGCACAUACAGAUCGUUAGAGACAAGCAGGGACUACAGCAGAGCAUUCUUAAAGUACCUCCGUGGCUUCAAAAGGAUUAUCAGGAUGAAGUUAAUAGAAAUCUUCAACCAAAUUACACAGCUCUGUUAAAGAGUGUGAACGGUGGCGAAGAGAGAGAGAGACGUGACUCUAUAAUGAGCAGAGCAUCGAGUAAACUACGGAUAGAGCAUUUAUCGUUCAGAAAGAAUACGGAGAUAAAGAGUGCACCAACUACUCCAGUUUGUCCUGAACCACCGAAACCGAUGAAGGUACCUGAAUUCCAAGCUCCUCCUCCGCCUGAGAGCCCACUGGACUGGAGUGAACGCGGAGCUGGCGACGGACUUUCUAAUCAACAUGAUAGCGAUUUUGAUGAAUUUUCUUCACAAAGCGGCAGCUCUACUGAUUUAAAUGAGCUCGAAAAGAACGGAAACAACGAUGAGACCGCGCAGAAAUAUAUUGGAAGAUGUCGAGCAUUGUACACCUACGAGGCUAGAAUGGAUGACGAGUUAACAUUGGCACCAGGUGAUGUAAUAAACAUUUAUGAUAAACAAGACGAUGUGUGGUGGACUGGCGACUUAAACGGAAACUAUGGCAUAUUCCCUUCGUCUUACGUUGAAGAAAUUACGACAUGUAUAUAAAUUACGUUGACAAUUUGCUUCAGUUC